AUUUAUUUCCCACACAAAAAAAAACACUCUAAUUUAUACAUUAAAAAAAACACGAAAAAUGGAUCGGAUUUCCAUUUGGGCACUCGCCAUUUUGAUCAUUCUCGUUAUCUUUCCGAUGGUGGAUUCAGAAGAUCAAGAGUGGACUCAGAUCAAGCAAGCCCUGGUGCAAUUCAUGGACAAACUCUCACCGGCCAAUGCAGCGUCCAGAGUCGGAAAUUGGGGUUGGAACAUGAGCUCGGAUCCUUGCAUAGAUAAAUGGGAAGGUGUGACGUGUGACAGAAAGAAUUCUGUCAAGAAAAUAGUCCUCGAAACCUCGAAUUUAACGGGAGUUCUUGAUGCAAACUCUCUCUGCAUGGUGAAGUCUGUUGGUGUUGUGAGCCUGAAGAACAACAACAUAACUGGUCUGCUCUCAGAAGACAUCGGAAAUUGCAGAGAUUUAACUCACUUGUACAUAAGUGGGAACCACUUUUCGGGUGAGCUUCCGGAGUCGCUCUCGCAUUUGAAUAAUCUGAAAAGGGUUGAUAUCUCCAGCAACAACUUCAACGGUGUGCUUCCUGAUUUUGCAAAGAUUUCAGGGUUGAUAUCUUUUCUUGCUCAGAACAACCGGCUUGAUGGGCAAAUCCCGGACUUUCAUUUCUUCAACCUCAAGGAAUUCAAUGUCUCCAACAACAACUUCAGUGGCCCUAUCCCUGAUGUCAAUGGCCUAUUCGGAAAAGAUAGCUUUUCAGGUAAUCCUAAGCUGUGUGGAAAGCCACUGCAAAAUGAAUGCCCUCCUGCAAUACCAACUCCCGUAAUGCCAAAGAAAUCGGAAAAGUCCUCAUCCAAAAAGCUGUUACUCUUCUCAGGAUGCAUAGUUCUUGGCCUGGUUGUUGUUUGCUUCUUUCUCUUCAAACUUGCCAUAAAAAAGAUCAGACAAGACAAAGAAAAGGGCAGAAAUAAAAAGAUCACGGCGAAUGAUGCUGCUAGCACUGUGCCUAGCAAUACUAUUUCUUCUGGUGAGUUGAUGGCUGGUGGUGGUCAUAAGAUGGCAGAGUACUCGUUAUCAUCUGUUGAAAGUGGAAUGGCUCCACCGCUUGUAGUUCUCACAAGUCCAUUGCUGAGGGGGUUGAGUUUCGAGGAAUUGCUCCGAGCUCCUGCUGAAUUGCUUGUCAGAGGGAAGAAUGGAAGCCUCUACAAAAUCAUGCUUGAUCGAGGGGUUAACUUGGUUGUGAAGAGGAUCAGGAACAGUGGGAUUUCGAGGGAAAAAUUCAAGACUCGGUUGACACAAAUCGAUAAGGUUAAGUGUCGAAAUGUCUUACCGGCUGUUGCAUUCUACUGUUCCAGACAAGAGAAGCUCCUGGUUUAUGAGUAUCAGCCUAAUGGCAGUCUCUUUAACCUUCUUCAUGAAUCUUCAAAUGGACAAAUAUUUGACUGGGGAAGCAGACUAAGUGUUGCAGAAAUCAUAGCUGAGUCAUUGGCAUUCAUGCACCAAGAGCUACAUGAACAUGGCAUUGCUCAUGGCAACCUAAAGUCCAAGAACAUUUUGUUCAACACGUCCAUGGAGCCCUGCAUCAGUGAAUACGGAAUAAUGGAGAUCGAAAAUCAAGACCAGUCACACCUUUCGCCAAACAGCGGGAUUGAAAGUUCGAAUGCUGGCCAUGCAGGAAGCACGUUGAAGGGUGAUGUCUAUGGAUUUGGUGUGAUACUUCUUGAGCUUCUGACAGGGAAGCUGGUGCAGCAAAACGGCUUGGAUUUGCCCAGGUGGGUACACUCGGUAGUUAGUGAGGAGUGGACUGUCGAAGUUUUUGACGAGGCUUUGAUCCAAGAAGGUGCAAGUGAAGAAAGGAUGGUGAAAUUGUUGCAGGUAGCAAUGCGGUGCAUAAAUGAGAGGCCAAGUAUGAGCCGAGUUUCGGCGAUGAUCAAGUCGAUCAAAGAGGAGGAGGAGAGAUCUGUGUCUUCUGAUCCAUAA